CAGGGGAUGAACAAUCAGUACGCCCGCCGCCGGGAGGUCUUCUGCGGGAACACCUGCCACGAUCUCAAGCGCUUUUGGGAAAGAGAGAUUGGCAAACAGACCUACUACAGGGAGUCGGAGGAAUAUCGUCUGGGAAGGAGCGCACUGAGAAAGCUUAGAGAAGAAUGGAAGCAGAGGCUGGAAACAAAGCUAAGGCUACGGAACAAUCCAGACGAGACUGAAAGGCGGGCAAAUGUUGGCUGA